AUGGCAGUGGUCGAAUUGGACCAGACCAAGGCCGCCGCACUGCUCAAAAAGGGAAAGAUUCGCAUCGGCUGGGUAAACUGCCGAGUGCGGAUGCGAGCGAGCGUCACGCGAUGCUACCGUUGCCUUGGCUACGGGCACGUGAAAGUGAAAUGCAAAGAGCCUGACAGGAGCACUAGCUGUUGGAAGUGUGGUGCGGGUGGACAUAGAGCGACGGCAUGCAAUGUGCCGACUCAACAGAUAAAGUGUUUUCUUUGCAAAGACGACAAGACGCCUGAGGAUAGGACGAUGCACACUCCAGGCACCGGAGCGUGCACAGUCUUCCGGACGGCCCUUAACGCAAGCAAGAUCCAAAGAUAA